CCCGUCCCGUCCCCUGUGGGGCGCCGCGGAGCGGCCGGGCAGCCCCGGCGGCCUCCGCCUCCUCCGGCAGCACGGGGGAGGACAGCAGCUAGAGGGAGCUCCUCCGGACUGCAUCUGCCCGUGCGCCCCGGUUCCUUUCAAAGGCUCCCCCGCCCCCUCCCCUCCCUCCUUCCCCCGUGAUGGCGGAGGACAGCGAGUCUGCGGCCAGCCAGCAGAGCCUGGAGCUGGAUGACCAGGAUACCUGCGGCAUAGACGGCGACAAUGAGGAGGAGGCCGAGCACGCCAAGGGAAGUCCUGGAGGGGAUUUGGGAGCGAAGAAGAAGAAAAAGAAGCAGAAGAGAAAAAAGGAGAAACCAAAUUCUGGAGGCACCAAAUCAGAUUCUGCGUCUGACUCCCAGGAGAUUAAAAUUCAACAGCCUUCAAAAAAUCCAGCCAUUCCAAUGCAGAAGCUUCAAGACAUCCAGAGAGCGAUGGAGCUGCUCUCUGCAUGCCAAGGCCCAGCAAAGAAUAUUGAUGAGGCUACCAAACGUAAAUACCAGUUUUGGGAUACGCAACCUGUACCUAAACUUAAUGAAGUUAUAACUUCACACGGUGCAAUCGAACCAGAUAAGGACAAUGUCCGCCUAGAGCCAUAUUCUUUGCCACAAGGUUUUAUGUGGGACACGUUGGAUCUUAGCAAUGCUGAAGUUCUGAAGGAGUUAUACACACUGUUAAAUGAGAAUUACGUAGAAGAUGAUGAUAAUAUGUUUAGGUUUGAUUAUUCACCUGAAUUUCUUCUGUGGGCGCUACGUCCUCCAGGCUGGUUACCCCAAUGGCACUGUGGGGUUAGAGUGUCUUCAAACAAAAAACUGGUAGGAUUCAUAAGUGCCAUCCCUGCAAAUAUUCGUAUUUAUGACAGUGUGAAGAAAAUGGUAGAAAUCAAUUUUCUGUGUGUCCAUAAGAAACUGAGAUCUAAACGGGUAGCACCUGUACUGAUUCGGGAAAUAACCAGAAGAGUAAACCUGGAAGGAAUUUUUCAGGCUGUUUACACUGCUGGAGUGGUACUCCCCAAGCCUGUGGCCACUUGCAGGUAUUGGCAUCGAUCACUGAAUCCCAGAAAAUUGGUGGAGGUGAAAUUUUCACAUUUGAGUAGAAACAUGACUCUACAAAGAACAAUGAAGCUCUACAGACUUCCUGAUGCCACAAAGACUUCAGGUUUGAGACCAAUGGAACAAAAAGAUACUAAAGCAGUACAAGAAUUAAUCAACACUUACUUGAAACAGUUUAAUCUUGCUCCUGUGAUGGAUGAAGAAGAGGUAGCCCAUUGGUUCCUGCCUCGGGAUCAUAUUAUUGACACUUACGUAGUAGAGGGCUCAAGUGGUAUUUUAACAGACUUCCUGAGUUUCUACACAUUACCUUCAACGGUGAUGCACCAUCCUGUUCAUAAAAGCCUCAAAGCUGCCUAUUCCUUUUACAAUAUUCAUACAGAGACCCCUCUCUUGGACUUAAUGAAUGAUGCACUCAUUAUAGCUAAAUUGAAAGGAUUUGAUGUGUUCAAUGCACUAGACUUAAUGGAAAACAAAACAUUCCUGGAAAAACUCAAGUUUGGGAUUGGAGAUGGAAAUUUGCAGUAUUAUUUGUACAACUGGAGGUGUCCUGGCAUGGAAUCUGAAAAGGUUGGUCUUGUAUUACAAUGAGGACAUUUAUGUUUCUAGAACUCUGAGGUCAUCGUUUGAGUUAAUUUGAUCUCCAUAACUCUUGGAACGGUAUUGUUCAAGAGGAGUAAAAGCACAACGUCAGUGAUACUGAAAUAGUCCAUUAAACCUGAACAAUGAAGACAUCCAUAUGUGACCAAAUUUAUGCAUUUUCAGAUAGAUCAGAAGGUCCAUGAAACUCUUUUAUUGUCCAUGAAAAGAAUAAAAGCACAUUCAUUUAAGUUUUAAAGCUUAGCUUGCACCUUGAUGAGAAGAAGGUAUUUUUUUUCCACUCUGUAGAAAAGACUGUUUUGUACAAACUGAACUUCAGUGGUGGAUUAGGGUACAAAAAUAUUUGCUAUUAUGUGGAUGAACUGCUGCAUUUCUAUUUAUUAAGUGGUGGUGUAUGUUUGUCAGUGUAACAGAAUGAAGGAUACAAACUUGAGUAUCUUUGCUUAUUUACUUCACAUGGAUAUCAUCAUUUGGGGGAAAAUCAUGAAGUACGAUACGUUUGUAGCUCUAUGAAAGUCCUGGAUGUUUUUGUAACUGGAGCAGUAUGACAAUGUACUGGUUUAACUAGUGCAUUUGUUUCUCCAUAAGCAACGCUGCCAAAUCAAUAAAAAUACAGAUUUGUACUUUGAUCUUCAAUAGAUCAGUGGAUUGAUUUAACAGUAUCGCACUGUUCAGUGCAGGUGUUACCUAUGUUGCCGGAAUGAUAAUACAUUACUGUACUUAAUUUACAGUUGUGGCACAAAACCUUAGUUUUGACUCAGUAGAAUAACAUCGGCCUGCGUGUAAAACUAAGAAUUUUAGUAGUGCUAUCAGGAUAUUUAUAGUUUGAAUGUUUUCAACGCUUCUGCGAAAUUGCACAUAUUCCUUUGUCUACUUUGAUUUCCUAUGAAGUCUGUAAUUCUAAUGAAAAGUAUCUUGUGUAAAUACGUAUUCAUAAAUUGUUCCUGGUAGUGUUUUUAUCCUGACUUUGGAACAAGAAGUUUUGCUAUGUAUGUGGCUAGUAAGCAGAAGAGAAAUGCUCUACCCUCAGUCCUUGGAAGUCUCUGUACUGCGCUUCCUGAAACGUAGGAGGGCUGAUCUUUGUUGUUGGGGGGAGCUGUUUUAAUUCCCUCAUGAAUGCUCAGCAACCAGAGCGGCUUCUGAAGCACUUUAUAUGCAUUCCAGUGUAGCAUCAUAGCUAGAUAUAACAGCAGUUCUUUCAGCUCAUGGAUGCUGCAGUAACGUGAGCACUGAGAAAAUCUGCAGUAAGAAACUGUUCUAGCUGAAAGUGCCAAAUUGUGGUAGUGAAGCCUCUGUGCUAUGAGCAUCUUUUGAAUGUGACUUGAAUAUCUCAUGAAAUGCAAAUGUCUAAACUUUCCUUUUAAACAUGCCUGUAAUUCUGACAGCAGAUUUUGCUGGAAGUUGAAUUCUGUACCUGAAAACAUUAAUUUAGAUGAAGAUAAAUUUGUCUGUUCUUCAUAACUUCUAGCCUUACCCACCUCCUUAUAGCAGUGGGGUUUUACUUUCUUUCCGCUCCUUUUCCAGUGUGUGAAGGGUUUGUGGUUUGGUUUCUUUUUCUUGUUGAAUUGUGGUGAGAGGAUUCUGCCCUAGGGACAGCGAUAAAUACUUUCCCUUAUUGCGUUAUAGCUCUGUGAUUAAAGCAUUCAGCCUCCUUCAAACAAAGGAAGGGAUUGAACGUGGUUUGUCUGACCCCUGGGUGUGCACCAGCUUGGGACCUCAUGAAUUUAAAAGGGCUUCAAAGGAGAUCUUUCAGACAUCUAAUGGUGCAGUUGAGCUUUACAACUUCGGCCACUCUGAUACCCGUCUGCCGUAACAGAUGGUGUAGAGGGAGCUUGGACUCCCUCUGUGAGGCCUGAGCAGAAUUAAGUGCCUGAAAAUGUAAUCGAUGGUAGUAAUAUCUGAGGUAACAAGAAGGAUUUAAUCUCAACUCCAUCAAAGACUUAAGUUCUUAAUUCCCAAAAGGCAGGAAGGUGCCUUCCUGGCUGGGCAUUUGCAGUGGAGCCUGCUGGGAUGAGGAGGUGGUUCACCAAGGGGCUCGGUGCGUUCUGCUUUGGCAGUCCUCACUGAGUUGCUGCCUAACGUGAAGUGGGACAGCAGGGCAUAGCUCUGUCCUCGUGGCUAAGCUACUUCCUUGCUAAGAAAUGAUCACGGCCUAGCUCUCCCUAAUCCGGAGGGGUGGUCUUGAAUGCCAGGUGAAAGAUAUGCACAUGUUCUCUGCCCUCUCUCCCCACAAAAAAAUGCAAGUGGAAGAAAUGGUAGGCAGACAUUUUCUUUUCUCCUCUCCUCUCUUCUCUGAAAUCGGAAGGCAAAUCCUCCCCAGUACUAUUGUUUGGAAAAGCAUUGAGGCCAUGAUGGGACCAAAUACAUCCAGAUAGAAGACAAGACUUGAACCUGGGUUUCCUGCAGCCUGGCUUUCUGCCCUAAUCUUGGGGUAAUUGCACAUGAAGGAGUGUGGCCACUCUUGUCCUGUCUUCUGGGAAAGCAGUGCCACUUACGUCUAAAUCUGAGCGGUAAACUUCUCUGUCUCAUUUUCUGGCUCAUGCUGCAUGUUAACUGAGGGGAGGUCAGGCAGAGUCAUGCUCCUGUAGAAGCUGUGCAGGACUGUAGCUGAGAGAGAAAACUUAACAGGCCAGAGAGCAUGAGGGAAGCGGGCAUCUGAGCCUGAGUGUUGGGGCAGUUCCUGGAGAAUUCUGUUCAUGAACCUGUGUGUUGCCCAACAGCUGUGUAAUCCAGCAUGGUCUUUUCUGUCCCUGUUUAGUGCUCAAACCUUUUGGCUAGCCAUGCUCUUCAGCCCAAGGGCUUUGCUGAAGCAUCACAGCAUCAAGAGGAUGUGAAUCUUGAAGGUGUGUCCCAGCCUGCACCCACGCAGUGAGACAGUUACUCAGGAGGUGGAAAUUGUGGCAACUCACUCUCGCUUCCUAAGCAGGUACUUAAGGAAAGGUUAUUAUCUGUGUGGGUGCCACUGUCAGCAGCUCAAUACGAGAGGGUCUUCUGUUGUUUCCAAAGUCGAACCUGUCUGUGCAUUAGACUUGCUCCUCAAAACCUAAGAGAUGGUUUCACAAGGAUUGGCAAGCCACCUUUCACACCAGUCUUUUGAAACAUCUAGAAUUUCUUUCCCAGAGUAACUUUGUAUCACCUGCAGAGGUGACACAAAUCCCUGAAGAGAGUUCUAGACCUGGGCAGGCAACGAAGUGGUGCGCUUAUGUUCUUUACCAAAGCUAAUCCUCAUGCUCUGUUUAAAGGCUCAGAUUUAAAUGUUAGUUAGCCAGCAUGAGAAUUAAAUACACAAGUGCUAGCAUGCCUUCAAAGUUUUAUCCAUCCAAAAACCCAGAACAAAGGACAUGUAUGAAAGACUACAAAGCAGGGCAAAAACCCCCUCACCUUUUCUUGCCACCCUCAGCCAGGGAGGGCAAAAAUUUUGGCAUUAAAUGUCUUACUCUUGUUUAAACUUCAGGGAGCAUCAUGACUAAAGAAUCAUUGCUACUGCCUCUCUGUAGUUGCUAUCAUGAACUGAAGUCACAUCUAAAUAAAUCCAAAAUACAGAUUAGCAACUCUCUGAAAACUACAAGGAGUAAAUUCCAUCAUCUUUAAGGAACAACAAAGUAAUUCAAUUAAGGUACUUUAUGCUUUCUUCUACAGUACCAUACUGACUUUUGCUUAAAAUACAGAGUGCCAAGUAAAUUCCUAAGCUGUUGAUUUUGGUUGUCUGAAUUGCAGCACUAUUCUCUUUCCUUGCUACAACACAACUGUCAUUAGGAAACUGUUCAUAGUCCCCAGUAAAACUAAAGGAAACUCAAAAGUUAUGUGGUAUGUUUUCAAUCUUGUAGCAGUUAUAGCUGUCAUCUACUUUAUAUACAACAGUAUAUGGCUUAUCUCAAUUUCCUGGGAAAUAAUUUUAGACUCCGUUUAGAAAUCAAAUUGAGUUUAGGUUAGUUUACAUUUUCUCACAGGAUGUGUGUUCAUAGUUUGCAUACAGAAGUCUUUUUUUCAAAAUGCAGUGGUAAUUUGGUUGUGUUCUGUAUUUGAAAAUAAAGCUUUUCCUUCAGCAUAUUGGACACCAGGUACUACAUGGAACCCAAGUCUGCACACAUUCUUGACCAAAACAAGUUUAUUGUUCAGCAGAGCAAACUAUGAAAGUUCAAAAGGGAAGUCUGCCUGUGCUUUUACAGCUGUUUACUUGAAACAAGCAUUGAACCAGCUUUAAAAGUUACACUGGUAUGGACCUUUGUUUAAAUAAACUUUCACUUUUGGUAUUGA